AAAAACGAGAAUCGGAUCUGAAAAAUCUGGGUUACUAAUUCGGAUUUGGAGUCGAAUGCGGAUUCGAAAUCGGAGCGGAAAAUGAAGGAGUUUGUUGAUAUGCUGCAGAAACUGAAGCUGAAUCCUCUGGCUAAGGAGUUUUCCCUUCUUCGUAUUACUCCGGCCAAAUUGGUGGUUACAAUUUUGUCAUUUCCGAUAAGAAUUCGGGAAAUGAUGGCCUCCCGAAUAAUCGAAGGAGAAGAAACAACUACAGCCAGGGCAAGAAAAGAAUGGGUGGCAGAUCUGCUAGAGCUCAGAGGGAAGACAGCGUUAGGCGCACCGUUUACGUUUCCGACAUUGAUCAAAAUAUUACCGAGGAGCGGCUUGCUGCCUUAUUUUGCAGCUAUGGACAAGUUGUCGAUUGUCGAGUAUGUGGCGAUCCUCACUCCCGUCUUCGCUUUGCUUUCGUAGAAUUCGGCGAUGAAUUUUCUGCUAGAGCUGCUCUUAGCCUUUCUGGGACACUCUUAGGUUUUUCCCCGAUCAAGGUUUUACCUUCUAAAACUGCCAUUCUCCCUGUGAACCCUACGUUUCUUCCGAGGUCGGAGGAUGAACGUGAGAUGUGCGCCCGCACAGUCUACUGUACAAACAUCGAUAAGAACUUGUCUCAAAUUGAUGUCAAGAGUUUCUUUGAAACAAGAUGUGGAGAGGUUUCUCGUCUGAGGCUCUUGGGGGAUCACGUGCACUCUACGAGGAUUGCUUUUGUCGAAUUCUUCAUGGCUGAGAGUGCAAUUGUGGCUCUUGAUUGUUGCGGCCAAGUUCUUGGAUCCCAACGUAUCAGGGUGAGUCCUUCAAAGACACCUGUGAGGCCACGGGUUUCACUCAACCCGGGAGAGCAGUAAUCGGAUAACUAAGAAACCCCUAUUUCGGUUUUUUUUUUUUUUUCUUUAAAUUUUAUUUUCUUUUCUAUUUACUGUUAUUUUUAAUUUUAACUGCAUCUGAAUUUUAACUUGUUGAAUUUGACAGUCCAAACUUGGGUACAAUUUACUCUGUUUAAUCAUGUGACGCUUUAGCUUCAGUACUACAUUGGUGCUUGAAACUUUUCUUAUGGGGCAAUUUGAAAUUUAUAGGGAUAUUUA